AUGGCACUCAGCGUGGCCACGUCCCAGAGUCAGAGAACAGACCUGGGGGCCAGCGGCUGCGAGAGCAGGGAGCGGCAGACCACAGCGCCCCCGCAAGACCUGCAACCCGCUGUCCCCCCGGGGCCCGAGAACCAUGCUAGCUUCUGCUGGCUGGCCCUCGCCCUCCUGUCCAUGCUGAGCUCGGCUACCCAGGACUUCAAGCUUGUCAAGUGCUUUGAGGACCCCCAGUAUGAAGAGCUGGUGCAGCUGGCCCGAGACAGGCUGGGGAAGACGGCUGAGAGGAAAAGGAUUGUCGUGAUCGGGGCUGGCAUAGCCGGGCUCACCGUGGCCAAGACCCUGCAGGAUGCUGGGCUCGGGAGGGUGACAGUGCUGGAGGCCUCGGGGCGUGUGGGCGGCAGGGUAAAGACCCACAGAGUGCCUGGAGCGCCGUGGCACGUGGAGCUGGGUGCCAUGCGGAUCCCUGUCAGUCACAGGCUGGCCCUCGGGCUCGUCUGGAAGCUAGGGCUGCCCCUCCAGGAGUUCUGGCCUCGGAACAACCAGACCUGGGUGCUGGUCAACGGCGUGUGGCAGUGCCUGGGGGCCGACCCUGGGCUGCCGGGCUACCCGGUAGCAGAGGAGAAGGGCAAGAUGGCCGAGCAGCUCUUACUGCAGUCUCUGUGGAAGGAGGAGGAGGAGUUGAAGACCACCAGCUGUGAGCAGAUUCUGAGGAAGUACAGCUCCUUCUCCACCAAGGAGUUCCUGUCCACCUUGGGGAACCUGAGCCUUGGCGCCACGCAGAUGAUCGAGGACCUGCUGAAACGAGACUCCGGCUACCACCAGGCCUUCAUUGAAACCAUGCAGGCUUCCACCUCCCUCCUCCUGGAUCUCCGGUAUCAUGAGAUCACCCGGGGCUUCAACCAGCUGCCCCAGGCCCUGCAAGACACCCUCCUGCCCGGGACAGUGCGACUGUACUCGCCUGUGCACGAGGUAGACAUGUUGCGGGGGCGAGUGCACGCCACUCAUGGGACGCCGGGCCCACUGCAGCUGCGGGAGCGCCUGACCGCGGACUUCGUGGUAGUGGCCACCACGGCCAAGGCCGCCCAGCUGUUGCGUUUCUGGCCGCCGCUGAGCCCGGCCAAGGAGCGCUCGCUGCACCAGGUGCACUACAGCAGCAUCACCAAGGUGGUGCUAGCCUGCACCCAGCGCUUCUGGGAACGCGAUGGCAUCACCAGUGGCAUGUCCAUCACCAACCGGCUCUCCCGCUUCAUCUACUACCCCAGCCACACCUUCGCACGUGCCUCGGGUGUCCUGCUGGCCUCCUACACCAGGGAGGACGACUCGGCCUUCUCCACGGCCUUGGACCAAACGCGCAUCCUGGAUGUGGUCUUGAACGACUUGGCUGCCGUCCACGCAUGCCCCGAGAGGGAGCUGCGGGCCCUGUGCCCCUACAGCGCAGUCAAGCGCUGGAGCCGGGACCUCUACUCCAUGGGUGGCAUCACCCUCUUCACCCCCUACCAGUACGUGGACUACGGCCAGGAACUCAGCCAACCUGAAGGGCCCAUCUACUUUGCGGGUGAGCACACAUCCCUGCCUCAUGGCUGGAUCGACACGGCCAUCAAGUCUGGGCUCAGGGUGGCCAGGAACAUACAAGACGUGGUGGACAAGACUUUGGAGAAGGACGCCAGGGACAAAACAGAGCCUCACUCCCGCGUGGAGCUGUAG